AUGACAGCCCAGCCCCAUAGCGCGCCCCGCGACUUCACCCGUACGCGGCACUCUACAUCAUAUGACCUGAUAUCUCCACUGAAGCUGGACUUAUCGUGCAGAUACGCUGUGUUCACCGGCGCAGCUUGGGACACAGGUGUCGGCUUCGCCACCGCAAAAGCAUUCGCCAGGGCGGGUGUUGCAGGAAUCGCCGUCGUCGACCAGCAUGGCGUAUCUGACAACCUUGUCGCAGACCUCAAGCAGGUUGCGAAAGAAGCAGGACGAGACCAACCGGUUGUGAUCAGCUGCACCACAGACAUUGCCGAUGCGGCCAGCGUCAGAGCCGCUUACGACAAGGUGGUCGCUGCCUUUAGCGGGCGGCUUGAUGUGCUUGUCAACAACGCCGCGCACAUGGAGCCAUACGAGCGAUUUCUCGAUGCGGAUCCCGAUGUUUACUGGCGCACUUGGCAAGUCAACCUCGGCGGCCUCUUCAACAUGGCUCGCGCCUUUCUGCCCAUGAUGCUUUCGGCCCGCGAAUCUGGGGACGGCCUCUGCACGAUGGUCAAUGUUUCGUCUUCUGGCGCGCUCAGUGCCCGCCCGGCGAGCACGGGAUACCGAUCCUCCAAGCUUGCAAUUACGCGCUGGACAGAAUCAAUUCAGCUUGAUUACGCUGAUCAGGGGCUGCUAGCUUUCUCUAUCAAUCCAGGAGCUAUCAAGACCGAGAUCACUAAAGGUGGUUUGCCAGAAUAUCUACGAAACACUCUACCAGAUAAACCGGAAAUUGCAGGUGAUACUAUCGUAUGGCUGGUUGCUGGGCGUCACGCUUGGCUCGCAGGGCGGUACAUCAGCUGUCCAUGGGACAUGGAAGAGCUAAUACAAAUGAAAUCGGCCAUUAUCGAAGAGGACAAGCUCAAGCUCAAGAUGGCUUUCUAG